AUGGCUGCAAUCACAGACAGUACCAGUUUCUUCAAUGUGACAAGCGACAAACUUUCAAGUGAUCUGUGGCUGACUGUGGGGAAUUUAAAGACCAUAUCAAUGACUACUUCUAUUCCUUCGAUGGUCAUGUCUCCUUUUAUCGUUUGUGGAAAUUUGCUGGUCGUUUUAUCAGUUUGGAAAGAUCCUCUGAAGAAACUAAGGUCUUUGCCAUCUAAUCGCAUCAUCGCAUCGAUGGCAAUUGCCGAUCUUCUGGUCGGUUUAGUGGUGUGUCCGUUAAUGGUGUACUGGGGCUGGGCCAUUUUCCAGAACAAAAAUCUGACAUUUCCAGCGCUCAAAGCUUUUUCUGUCUUAGUGGAUGUUAGUGCGGGACACGUUCUGCUCCUUACUGUCGACAGGGUAUUUGCUUUAGUAACCCCUCUCCAGUAUCGAGUUAAAGUAACAAACAGACGAGUUUGUAUCGCAAGUAUUGCAUGUUGGGCAUAUUUCAUACUCUUUGGAUGUGCAUUUGGUUUGUGGGCAAGAGAAGAUCUCAUUCUGGGAAUAAUCUUUAAUUUACAAAGCCUCUGCAUUCUUAUAGGCAUAUUGGUUUUAAAUUUGGUCAUUCUAUUUGCCUUUCGCAAGCACCGCAAGACUAUAGCAGCACAAGCCCAGUCGACGGCAAAUCGCCAAAUGAUGCUUCAAAGGGAAAGGAAACUAUCCAAGGCCAUUGCAAUCGUUAUCUGUGCAUUUCUUAUAUGCUUCGUACCGUGGUUUAUAGUGCAGUUUUUGUUCUAUUUUUGUGCACCAUGUACCCGUCAAUUAUCGCGGUUGAUGUUAGUUUAUACAUCGACUGCUGCGUUAUUGUUUGCCAAUUCCGGAGUAAAUCCAUUUUUGUACGCGUGGCGGCUUCCCCGGUACCGAGAUACGUUCAAAUACUUUUUGAAAAAUCGGAGGGAGUACUGUUUCAUUAAAAAGAGCCAAGUUGAAAACUUUGCUUGUGAAACAAGGUUGUGA